AUGAGAAUCGGAAGGGGCUGCGAGCGCUGUCGCCAUCGUCAUAUUCGGUGCACAAUUCGAAAAGGAGCAUCGUCUUGUAAUCCCUGUUCGCGCUUGGGACGGGUGUGUCGGCUCGAUCCACCAUUUCGGUUUAGAACUGUUCAUCACGUCUAUCAGAAGAGUCAUGGCACAGCGUCGAAAUUCGACCUCGUGUGGGAUCCGCAUCAGAUUUGGGUGAAGACUCCUACUUCAUUGACGUUCGUACUUGAAUCGGCGGAUGAUUCUGCAGAAUCGGAAGAGACAGAUGCGCCGCAAGACUCUCAAGAUGAAGAACAGCCGCCUUCAGAACAGAUUCCAGUAUCGCCUAGAGCUGUAUUUCCGGACAUAUCAUCUCUACUCAUACCAGGUCCAACAAAGUCUUACGAUGCAGUGGUUGGAAAUCACCCACUAGACCUCUCAGAUCCUGCGCCGGCACCAUCGAUACCUUGCGAAACACAACUGAUACUUCCCUCAUCCACUGCCAUCUCGCCGACUGUACUAAAUAGCAUAGUAUCUCCUUUGGCAUCAACAGCCUGGACAGAGCCGACAUCCUCGAGUCCGAUAAGCCCGCGGGCAAUCGCUUCGCCAAAGUUGUCCUCCCGCGAGGCAUACUUGUUACGUUCAUUCAUCUCCAAGAUAGCUCCUUGGACCGACAUCUGCGACUCACGCUCUCAUUUUUCGACCGAGGUACCACGCCGGGCAUUGGAAGUCCCUAUGGUCCUUAAGGCCGUUCUAGCUCUCGCAGCCAGACACGACGCCAUCUUGUCAGACGCUAGCGACUGGGAAGCCGCCGAAUAUCACGGCCAAUGCCUGGAACUCUUGAUCGCUGCGCUGGCGCAGCCGGAGGAUACGUACGACGACAACCUCCUUAUCACGGUCGUGAUUCUACGCAUCUACGAGGAACUUGAGAGCAACAACGACGAGAAGUACCAUCUGUUCGGCUCAAAUCGUCUCCUCAACACCAUGUCCCGGUCGGCGUAUUCCGGGGGCCUAGCCGAAGCCGUGAGCUGGCAGUUCCUGCGGCAGGCGAUAUAUGCAUCUGUCGUCCAGUAUCAACCUAUGCAGUUGGACCUGGAGAACUAUGAGCGCUCGGCCGUGUUUCACCGGCGCGAUGACGCGGCGUAUGCCAACGUCAUCAUUUACCUCUGUGCUCGGAUUCUGCAGUGUGGAGGAGCGUAUACCCGUGGCAUGGACGAGGAGACAUGGCGCCAACUCUCUGAUAGCGUUGAGCAGUGGCAUCGAGGAAAACCAAUCAGUUGGCAACCGUUGAAGUACAAGCCGGCGGACGUUGCGGAGAGUCGACCGUUCCCUGAGAUCUGGAUGAUGUCUCCGCCAGCAGUGGUCGGAAUGCAAUACUAUCACACCUCGUGUAUCUUCCUCACUCUGUCAAAUCGACACUGGCAAGCCGCGAGUGACUUUGAGCUGGCCCGUUCGCAACGUAUAGUAGAGAAUACAAUCGCAUCACAUCUAAACAUGGUCAUCGGCUUGUCCAUGUCAAACGAAACCGUCGAGAAUGCAUACUUUAUGGCAUGUCAUUUAUUACACCGCUAUGGGUACUGCCUGCGACAUCCUCUCGAACAACGCGGGUCACUGCGCUUCUUGGCCCAUGUGGAAAAGACAGUGGGCUGGCGGACGCGAUGGAUGGUACGCGAGCUGGAGAAACAGUGGAGUGAGCUGCGGGGACUGGACACGUGGGGAGAGUCGGCUAGUUAA